UUCCCCACUCGAUAAAUAUGCAUACCGUGAGCGUUCGUGAGGCAUUCGGUGUUGGGAUGAAUAGUGCAGUGGGAGCUUUUCAGUAGUUUUUCUAAGCGAAAACACCCCCAAAAUCAACGGUUUUGUGCUCCAAAACCUACCUCGAGUUGUGCUCUUUCAACUGGCUGACAUGGAAUCACAGGAAUCCACGGAAAUUGCCCUAAUUGUCCCUGAAAAUGACGAGGCGAUCCUUUCUGCUGAUGCCGAGGAGAAGAAGGACGAGAUGAGUGCUGAAAAUGAGGUUGCAGAGUCAUCAAAAAUCGAUGAACGGAGUGCUGCCGAUGGAGUGGUGACGCUUGAAACCGGUGCGAAAUCUCCGGAAUCGCAGCGUUCGGCAAGUUCUCCAGCACAAGAGGUAUCUAGUGAAAUUGUGGAAAGCCCUCCAGCUUCUCCAAAGAGCUCUAGCAAUCCCAAAAGUCCUGAAGAUGACACUCAGGAGGUUGUCCGGGAAGAUGUUGAGGACGGGAAUGAAUCUGUAAAGUCACGGAGAAGUUCACGCAGUGGAAGUAGAGCUUCGGCGAGGUCGCGCAGUGGAACUCCAGGUUCUCGGCGAUCUAGAAGUGGCAGCAAGGCCUCUGUUCGCUCAGGCAGAUCACGCAGUGGUAGUGCUAAAUCUGUACGAUCACAGAGAUCUCGCAGUGGCAGUGGUGUUUCGGCGCGUUCACGAAGUCGGAGCAAAUCAGGGAGUCCACGGCGAAGUGUGUCCCGCAGCAGAUCACGAAGUAGAUCCCGCGGGAGUGGCAGUGCUAGAGAUUCGCGAUCACGGAGUCGCUCCAAGGCAUCUUCACGAUCACGCAGUGGCUCGCGCAGCAUCAGCAGAAGUAGGAGCCGCAGCAGGAGUUACUCAAGUCGCUCUAGGAGUGGCUCCAGAAGCCGUAGUCGAAGCGCCAAGAGAUCACGCAGUCGAUCCUCAAGCAGAAGCUCUCGAUCCAGAUCUCGCUCUGGCUCUCCAGUGCGGAAAAAUCGAUUGGCGAUAGUUUCAGAGUCUGAAAAUGAGGGAGAAGCACCGAAGCCAGUAGAAAGCGUAACCGAGAAUCAGGUGGAGGGGAAUAAGAAAGAAGAUGGUAAUGGAGGAUUGUACAGUUCUGGAGAUGAGGGACUAGAGAAAGACGCUGUUGGCGGUGAAUUUUUAUCAGACUUUGACGCAAUGCUGGCGAAGAAGCGUGAGGAAAAGUCUAGGCGGCGAAAGAGGCGCGACAUUGACAUUAUCAAUGAUAAUGACGAUCUGAUUGAUCAGCUAAUCAGAAAUAUGAAGAUCGCCGCUGAGGAGGACAGAGAGCUGAAUAAGGAUAAUCAGCCUGCAACGAAGAAGAUUUCGAUGUUGAAGCAAGUGAUGUCGCAAUUGAUUAAGAAGGAUCUUCAGCUGGCAUUCCUCGAGCACAACAUCCUCAAUGUGCUGACCGAUUGGCUGGCGCCGAUGCCCAACAAGAGUCUUCCUUGUCUUCAGAUACGCGAGAGCAUCUUAAAGCUUUUAUCAGACUUUCCGACCAUUGACAAGAGUUACCUGAAGCAAUCUGGCAUCGGGAAAGCUGUUAUGUAUCUCUACAAACAUCCGAGGGAGACCAAAACCAAUAGAGAUCGCGCUGGACGCCUUAUAUCGGAAUGGGCACGGCCGAUCUUCAACUUGAGUGCGGAUUUCAAAGCGAUGAGCCGAGAAGAGCGCCAGCAGAGAGAUUUGGACCAGAUGCCAAAGCGUCGCAAAAUGAGCCCUGAACCAGGUUCAUCGGGAUCUAAGAAAGACUUGAACGCCUUCGCGUCUGAGGAGAAGGCUCUUCGGCCGGGUGAUAAAGGUUGGGUGGGACGUGCUCGAGUGCCAAUGCCGUCCAACAGGGAUUACGUUCUGCGUCCGCCAUCGAGCUCGGACGUUGAUAUGAGUCGCACCACCAAGAAGAAACCUAAUCGUUAUGAGAAGCAUCUGAAGAAGUUCAUCGACGCCAAGAGGCAGAAGAAGUCUCGGAGGGCAGUUGAGAUAUCCAUUGAGGGACGAAAAAUGGCACUGUGAGCGACUGUGUAGUUGCAAUUUACUUUUUUAUUCCCUAGCCUACAAUAUAAAUUUUCUUGCGAAUUGAA